AUGAGCGACCGUCGGCGGUACGACCCUGGCCUCGGCGACGAGGAUCCUCAAAGUCCCCCACACUCUCCGCGCCUUGGGCCUCAAAGCCUUCCGCGCUCUCCCCGGACGCCUUCUCGCAGCCCACGCCGCCUUCACGUCCAGCUACCGGAAGAUCCCGGCCACGAUGCUGACGCGCCGGAGAAGUUGCCGCCGCGACAAGAGACGCAACCUGAAAAGUCUCCCGUUCCGUGGACGACACUCGUACUCAACAGCGUUACCUCAAGCUUCGCGUGGGUCCCUGCGUCGAUGACGCGCUCAAAAAUGAAGCCCGUCGUCCGUUGUGCCGUCGUGUGCUGGGUUUCUGCGCUGCUUAUGAUUAUCAGGCAGACCAGGGAGGUCAUGGGCUCGGGCAGCUUUUUGAUUCUCGUCGCAUCGUUUUUAGACACCCCUCAUGAUCCGUUCUUGGCUGUGCUCGAACGUGAGAUUACACUGGUGCUGUUUGCAUCACUUGCUUGGGCGUGGUCCUGUCUUGGAAUAUUUCUCGCCAAUCUCACUAGAACAAACACCGAUCGUAACGCCACUCUCUCUGACAUCCAGUCUGCCCAAUAUCUCGAAGACGUCCCCACCAUCAUUCUCGCUGUAUUCAUGUUUCUCGGAUCUGCUUUCUUCCUCUUCCUCAAGGCGAAACUCGGGCCAGGACCGUAUCUGUUUGCCACAAUCUUCGCAUGUGUCUGUAUCGACAUAUCUAUCACGACAUCCGCUCUCUUUCCCUAUCCUAUCUACACCGUCGGAAGGACGAUCAUUGUGCCGUUGGCGUUUCAUGCUGCUCUCUGUAUCUUCUUCUCCGCCGUAAUCUUCCCCUCCACCAUCACUUCACAGUAUGCUCGAACCGUUCAGGGCGUCCUAACGCCUCUCAAUGGAUUCCUCGCACAGCACCGUGCUGUCCUUGCCCUCGAUCCCGGCUCCGAGGAGUUCAAAACCACUGUGACAAGCAUUGUCGGCGCCCUUGGCAAAUCUGAAGGUGGAUUGGGUGCUGCCGGCGCGGCCGCCCGUCUCAUCGGGCAAGACAUCGUGUUCAGCCGCUUUUCCCCCUCUAGCAUUGCAAGAUUUCAACCUCAGAUCCGUCGCCUCGUUACGCGGGCGAACGGGCUAGACAUCUUCUUCACUCUCAUCGACCCGACGCGCGAACGCUUUCCCGUCACGCCAGGCCCCUCGCGCCCGGACACCCCUCGCAGCAGUACGCCUUCCACCUCGCUCCCGGGAACGCCUCCCAACGGGCCCAGCACACCACCGGGCACGAUGCGCGCUGAGGACGUCGACGUGUUCGAAAGGCGCCGACGCCAUCUCCAGAUGCAAGCUGUUACGCGCACGCGCUCCCACCGUUCGCUUUCGCGUGUGCUCCACCACAAGCUCACUCGCCACAAGGAAGCUGACCACGACCAUCACCUUCACUUUUCGUUGUUGUCACUCGCGCAGAAUCUCACUCCGCAACGCGGCUCCGCCUUCCUUACUCCUACGGAGAGCGCUGUUGGUGUUUUCGAGUCCCAGCGGUACAUGGCCCUCGAAGCAACCCGUCUCUCAGACGGGAACACUACCGAGUACACCGCCCAGUUCGUUGCCCUGCUGGGGCAGUCUUGCGACCCUCUCCUCGCGAACCUGCAAGAGGUCCUCAAGGGCGUAGACGAGUGGUUCCUCACUGCGCGCCGAACCAGCUUUCUGCGCGCACGCAAGGUCCGACAGAUCCGCGCGGAACGUCUCGCCCAUUUGGAGCAUCUAAGCGCGGACGCGAAGGAAGCACUACGGACCUUCACGCACAAUGAACGGCGACUGAUUGGUAUCCCGUACAGGCUUUCGGUACUGGAUCCGUAUCGCUCUGCCUUCGAUCCUAAGCACGUCCGUGCCGGGGGGAACGGCCAGGAACCACCUCCACAUCGCUAUCUCUUCCAUUGUUAUAUGUACCAGUACCAUCUCAUUCGGUUCUCGAGCAUUCUGCAGGAGAUUCUCAAUGACAUCAUUCGGCUCGAGAAGUCUUCCCAGCGCUCCCAGAUGUGGUGGCCUAGCGUGCCCUUCAAGAGAUUCCUCCGGUCUGCACCGUGGACAGAGGAGCUGGAAAGGGGGGACGACGAGGAUCCCGACGUCGUCCAAGGCAUUCAGUCCGACUGGUCGGAGGACCUUGGCUUGGCCAGCAAGCGCGAUCCCGACGCGCUUCCACCUCAAAACGCGUUCCAAGAAUGCAUGAUCAAGGCGUACGACGUGAUUCACUCAGUCGGUCGCGGGAAUUCUCUAUUUGCUCUCAAAGCUGGAGUGUUGACGAUUCUCCUGUCUAUCCCGACCUUCCUCAAGAGCACGGCGAUGUUCGCGGAAUCGGAGCGCUUCUCCUGGGGCAUAUUCAUGGGCCAACUCACCCUUGCGCGGUUCCGUGGCGACACAACGUUCGGCCUCGUCGCACGUAUAUUGAGCACCUUCAUGGGAGGCCUCGUCGGCACGGCGAUGUGGUAUAUCUCCCAGGGAAACCCGUUCGGGCUGGCAGCUACAAUCGGUGUAUGCGCGCCUUUCUUCUUCUUUUGGCGCCUGUACUGGCCGGUGCCGCCCAUGACGAGCAUCAUCUUGUUUGUGACUGUCGGUCUGGUGGUCGGCUACUCGUGGCAGAAUGAACAGCCUACUUCUCUGGCUCAACCGUUCCGAUAUACGGGCGUAGAGCUUGCUUGGCGGCGCUUCGUUCUGGUAACCAGCGGUGUUACUGCAGCCUUCCUGUUCUCGUUCCUUCCGCCGUCCACGACGCUGCGCAAGUAUCAACGCAACAUGAUGUCCACCACGGUUGCCGAGAUUGGCACGGUCUAUUGUGCGGUCGUCUCCUUCGCGAACACGCGCGAGAACCAGGAGACCACAAGACAGGAGAUCGUGCAGAGCCUUGUCGCCAUCCGGCUGAAGCUGAAACGUUCCCUCGUUCUAAGGACGAACAUCGUCUAUGAGUUUUCCCUGCGCGGCAGAUGGCCGUCUCAAAGGUACAAGAAGAUCCUCGACUUGCAGUCGGAGAUCGCGUAUCUUCUUUCUCAUUUGAUGUCUGUCAUCGAGCAUCUGCAUCCGGCGUGGUCGCGGGCGUUCCUGAGGAGAACGAGGUUCACGGACGCGGAUUUUCAAGGCGACGUUCUCGCGGUCAUUAGCAUGAUCUCGACCGCGCUCCGAACUGGGAAUCCGCUGCCGCAAAUCACGCCCUGCCCCCUUCUGGACAGGUACAUGCUCCACGCGCACGGACUAAACGUUAUCGGGCACGAGGCCGACGACGACUACGGUCUGCCGCGGACGAUGACCAUCGAGACGCUCGAGAACGAGCAGUAUCUCUGUUUCUCCGUCGGGGCCACGACGGCGUUCGGGAUCGUCCUGCGCCUCGACAAACUCAUGGUCGCCACCAAAGAGCUCGUCGGAGAGCAGUACCACAUCCACGGCAUUGGCGUCCCAGAACCGAAGAUCCCCACCCAAUCCUCCGUGGACCGGCCGGGCAAGGACGUGUAG